UGCUCCUCUGCUUGACGGCUUCCCUCAAUUUCGAAUUUCAAAUUCCGAACGCCUGUCUCCUCCGUUCCCCCAACGCUCUCCGAGUCUCCCACUGCAAAGCGGCGCACGCGCACACCCCUCCCUGUCUCGCCUCCCUCUCUCUCUCCCCCUACCAUCGGCUGCUCUUGGUCUUGGUCUUGGUCUUGUUCUUGGCAAAGGUUGCUGCUGUGUUGGAUACUUGGGUGCCUCACCUCUCCGUGCUGUGCCUAUCACCACUCCUUGACCUUGGUUCCUCCUCCGCUUGGCUGCUGCUGUUCUUGGUGACAAUAGAGACAGAUGGGAGGGUCAGGGAAGUGGGUGAAAUCGCUGAUAGGGCUCAAGAAGCCGGAGAAGGAAGACUGCAAGGACAAACUGCAGGUCCCAUCUCUCCAUGGAGGAGGGCGAGGAAAGGGCCGGAAGUGGAAGCUGUGGAGGAGCUCCUCCGGCGACCACGGCUCCCUUUGGCGCGGAUCGAGAGGCGAAAGCCACCGCUCCGCGUCGGAGGCCUCCGACGACGCCUCCUCGGUUGCCGCCCCCGCUGACCCGUUCAGCGCCGCCGUCGCCGCCGUCGCCCGCGCCCCGGCGAGGGAUUUUAUGGCCGUCCGGCAAGAAUGGGCCGCCAUCCGCAUCCAGACCGCGUUUCGUGGAUUCUUGGCUCGGCGGGCGCUGCGGGCGCUCAAGGGGCUGGUGCGGCUGCAGGCGAUCGUGCGCGGGCGUCAGGUGCGGAAGCAGGCAGCGGUGACGCUGCGGUGCAUGCAGGCGCUGGUGCGGGUGCAGGCGCUCAUCCGGGCGCGCCGCGUGCGCAUGUCCACCGAGGGCCAGGCCGUGCAGAAGCUGCUCGAGGUGCGCCGCACCCAGAUGGACAUCCUCAGGGAAGCCGAGGAAGGAUGGUGCGACAGUCAGGGAACACUGGAAGAUGUGAGGGUGAAGCUGCAGAAGCGACAGGAGGGUGCGAUGAAGCGUGAGCGAGCUAUCGCCUACGCGUAUUCACAGCAGGUCGACGGCGCUGCGAAAUGCAAUCCACCGAAGCUUACUUCAAAUGGCCGGUUGAACCACUCCGGUAUGCUGCUCAAGCAUCAGCAUUUCGACAAGAGCAAUGGCAACUGGAGCUGGCUGGAGAGGUGGAUGGCGGCACGGCCAUGGGAAAACAGGUUGAUGGAGGAGCACAACCAGACCAAUUCCAUCUCGCCGGACCUCCGGUCCUCCAAGAACUGCGAGGACUCUUUCGGUGUUCUAGGGAAUUUCUCCGAACCGAAUUCAGUGAAGGUGCGCAAGAACAAUGUCACCAAACGGGUCUCCGCGAAACCACCGGGAGCAUCCCACCAUCAGCCGUUUAAAGCUCAGUCAAUCUCGUCUCCGAGCACUGAAUUGCGCAACGAUGAGAGCUCCGCAUCGUCGUCGUCUUGUUUCGCAUCCACCCCCAUAUCAUUCUCGACCUUCGUCGCAUCAGAGAAUACCGAGGACAGUGUUAGGACAAGGCCCAACUACAUGAGCAUGACGGAGUCGAUCAAGGCGAAGCAGAAGGCGUGCAAUGCCCAGAGAAUGACGGCUCUGAAGCAGUCGGAGGAUAGGAAGGCCUCUGGUGCCGAGUUGAAGGCUUCUCUGGUGUAGUGUUCAUGGAUCUCCAUGCAGAGAUGAAGCCAACUUCUACAUCUUCUCUAGGCUAGGAUGUUUGCUAGUUGCCUUGCCACAUUCUUGAGUGGCUUGGUGCUGCAUUGUUGAGUUGUCUGUGUGUCGUUAGUCUCAUUGUUCAGCUUGUCUUGUCAGAUUACCCCAUCUCGGGGCAGUCCUCAUUGUCAGUGGCUGUCUGUAAGAUAGUUCUUUGAGUAGAAAAACAUUAUGGAUUUGUUUUCUUGGUGUUGAUUUCUGGUAGAA